AGAAAGAUACACCACACACACCAGUAGCAAGCGAAAAAAGGCAGUGUCGCUUCUCUUAUCGGCGUCGACCCCCCUUCUCCACUCGCAACCAAACCCUCGCAUCGUACAGCAGCCGCACCAAAUCUCACCGCCACCUCCGGGUCCGGGGACUCAAGCGCCCCGCCGCCGCCGCUGCCGGGGACCACGAAAGGACGCGCCGACCCCGGAUCUGCGACUCGCCGGUCUCCGAACGCACGCUACUGAACGGACGCGGGGCUUGGCUGCUCGAUCGCACCGCCCGGGAAAAAAAGGGAGAGCCCGCCGGAUUUAACCGGACACACCGAACGCGCAGCUCCUCCGGGCCAGGGGCCGGACAGAAUCCAUGCAGCCGAGGUCCCGCAUUCGGGGCCGCGACCCGCCGCCGCCGCCGCCGCCAGGAGGACGCUACCGUCGCCGAUCCCCGCCCCCUCCAUCACCGCGCCACCAGCGCCGCCCACGUGAUCCGCCCCCUCCACAGCGGAAGAGGCGCAGCUCCGAGCUGCCCCCGCCACGGCGAUACGAGGAGGAUCCUCUCCUUAACGGCUUCGCCCCCGCUGCCGAGAGGCGUUCACGCGGCGACAUCCUGCUCGAGGCCGGCCGUCUGGCCGCUCACUACUUGGUUGCCAAAGGCCUCCUCUCCGAGCACCUUCUCCUGGCAAGGGAGGACCCAAAUCACAAUCCCAUUUACCGCCCUGAGCCCCCCGCUCCCGCUCCCGCUCCUCCUCCGACUCUAGCUCCCUCUAGUUACGGGAGGAAGAGAGACGAGGACGACGGCCCGAGGUGGCGGCGGAGUGGAAGUGGAGCCGAGGACCAGGGGCGUGGCUCAAGGUGGGACGACGACAGGGAAGCCAAGAGGUCGGGGUGGGACAGGAGGAGCCACAGCUUUGAUGGAAGGCGUAAAUGCAACGAUGACGGUGGCGGUGAUGCUGACCGUAGCGGCCGCCGGACACGCGACUACGAUGAGUCGAAGAGACCACCGAUGUCAAGGUCCUAUUCGCAUAACGAUCGUUGGGCUUCAGCUGAUGCCAGAGUAGAUCGAAGGAGGAGAAGUAGGAGCAGGACCAGGAGCUACUACAGUGGCAGCAGGAGAGAUCCAGAUUUGCUAGCAGGCACCCGUGAUUUGGAUCGCACCAAGGUGCCAGACUCUGGCAUUGUUCCUGCUGCUGGUGGUGAUGGAGGCGUGCACGAUGCGGAUGCCGAUGGAACACGAAAGCAGCUGAAGGUUCCUAGUUCAAUGUUGGUUUCGGAGAUGAAUGACAGUGCUGUCGAAGCUGCGCCUAUAGAAGAGGAUCAUGCUCAAGACAUGUCUGAAGGUGAGGACGGUGAGUUUGCAGAAGAGAUUUCUGAAGACGAGGAUGGUGAGUUUGCAGCCUCUGAUUUGAAUGAUGAAGAUGGUGAUGAAAUGGAUGACACCCAAAGACAACCGUCUCACAUGCAUGUUCAUGCAUCUGAAUCUAUCGAGGAACCUGUCCAUAGACAGUCCCAGCUCAGCAAUGCUGAAGAGGGAAUGGAAACUGGCAUUGCACACGUGGAUGCAUAUAUGGUAGAGCCAUUGGCAGAGAACAAUGUUUUCUCUGAAACAAGGUAUGAAAUGGAGGCUCCACAAAAUGGAGCUGAAACUGCUGUUGUUGAUCUUUACAGAGAUGCAGAAGAGCAACCAUUGACAGAGAAUAAUGAUUGCUCCGAAGCAGAGAAUGAGAUGAACAAGAGUGAGUUUGAAACUGGUGUUGGCAAUCUUGAUAGAGAUGAACAAGAGCAACUAUUGGCAGAGAAUAAUAAUGGCUCUGAAGUAAGGUAUGACAUGGAGGCUCCACAAAGUGAGGUUGAAACUGGUGUUGGCAGUCUUAAUAGAGAUGACCAAGAGCAGCUGUUGACAGUGACUGAUGGUUACUCUGAAUUAAGAUAUGAAACAGGGACUCCACAAACUGAAGUUGAAACUGUUAUUGAUGAUAUCAGUAGGGAUGAGCAAGAGCUGCCAGCUUGGUACAAAAUUUUUGAUCUCAACGUCAUUGAAACUCCAUUGGGCUGUGAGGUUUCCGAGAUUUCUUGUGGUCAUCCAGCAGAUGGUCUUUGUGAUUCUGUGCCUGAUUCAGUUGGUCUGGUGAACCAAGAAGCAAACAAUGAUACCUCUGAAAUUCAAGGUCAAGAUGGUCAUGCAGGGGCCAAUCAAGUGUUAGAAGAUGAGUCUGAUUUGAAUAGCUAUGAUCUGAACAAUGAAGCUGAUGAAGAUGCACAGGAUGAUACUUUAGAAAAUCAAGUUCAAGACGAGAAUGUAGAGGAUAAUCACUUACUGGAGGAUGGGCAUGAUUUGACGAGGUAUGAUGUGAACAAUGAGGCUGGUGAGCAUGCACAUGAUAACCACCUGGUGAAAAAUGCGGAAAUACUUCUAAAUCAUAUUAUGGUUGCAUGUAUAUCAGAUAAUUGCCAUAUGAACAAUGAGAAAAUGCUUCUAAAGCAAAAUGUGGAUGAGCAACAGAUGGAGAACGAGCAGAUGCUUAUAGAUCAGGUCACUAGUGUUCAAGUUUUGGAUAGUCACCAUGUGCACGAUGAACAGUUGCUGGUAGGUCAUGCUGCAGAUGAUCAUCACCAAAUGGAACCAAAUCCCAUGGCUUUUUCUUUGGGCGUUCAUGAUCUGGAUAACUACUAUUUGAGUAGCAAGCAAAUACUUCUGUAUAAUGAUGCAGGAGGUAUACACCAUUUGAAGGAUGGGCAAAUUAUUUUAGAUGAGGCUGCAGAUGGACAAGCUAGAGUUCACAAUAUGGGCCAUGGACGAACGAUUCCUGGAAUUGAUCUGGAAGAUGAUUAUGCACAGGUGUCUGCCAUCAGAAAUACAGGAGAAUGUCUAGAAUCUGCAAGUGAUACCUCGCACGAAUACACGGAUAAUGUUCUACAAGAACAUAUGUGUUCUCAAGACUAGCAAACCUCAAGUUUUGGUGACAAUCCUAAGACUAACACACAAGCAGCUUCUUCUUCAACUGUCACCAGAUUUUCAAAACUGGUGUACUGGAAAUGAUGCUGUGAAGGCACAGGUGAUUCCCAUUUCUCAGUGAUGAUGUGUUGUAUAUUGGAUUCAACAAUAUGCCAUUAGAACUUGUGAAUGUCUGGGACCUGCCAUCCUCUGAGCUUGGGAAAUCCUUGUGAGCUCUGGCACCCUGUUGUCUGUGCAUUCAGAUCCUAACACACCGGACCAUGGGAGGUCUGCACCGGACCGAUCGCUGGAGCUAGUUAGUCGACUGGUCGUUGUUAUGUACGGAGUAUGUUGUGCAAUAGUAGUUUCUUUUGGAUUCCUAGUGCUCACUCUCUUUUUUUUUUCCAGAGCUUUUCAUUGACAAGUCGGUUUAGUGACACUUCUGCCUUCCCGAGAUAUAGCUGCGAUGUCAGUAUGUCUCAGUAGCUGAAUAUGUCAUAUAUUUUUUUAACUAGAAAUGAUUUGAUGGGCGUUUUGUGCUGCGCCUGCUUCAGAGCUCUCCUGCUUUUCA